AUGGGUCCUAACCUUUUUGUUUUCAAGUUCAGCACAGACAAAGAACAAAUAGAAAUAAUGAAGAAAGCUCCUUGGACUGUGAAAGGGUACUUACUUGCUAUGGAAAUCUACAAUCCCAAAGUUCCAUUGGCUGAUGCAAAGAUCAUUUAUCAAAACUGGACGGUCAAGUUUAGGAAUCUCCAGUUGGAACAUCUAAACGUGUCGCUGAUAGACGAAAUCAUUCAAGAUUUGGGAGAAAAAUUUGCGAUUGAUCCUCCAAAUGCUCAUCCUAGGAUUAGUAUAAUGGUGAAGGCCAGAAUUCAAAUGAACUUAACAUCUCCAGUGAAGAGAGGUGCUUGGUUGAGAACAACAUCUAGAGGAGAAGCUUGGGUUAAAUAUCACUGGGAAAAGAAACCAUAUCAUAUAUGUGAUCAAUGUUGGAUGGUUAAUCAUUCAGAUGAUAAUUGUGAGAAAGUUGCACUACAACAACAACUUGAUUCAAUGUCCCAGAGGAGUAUGAAAUAUGGAGUCUGGAACAAGAAGAUUAUGAAGUGGAAGCUGCUGCUGAUGGUGAUUCGGGUGCCCCUAUGUCGAAUACAGGUGCCAAUAUAG